UGUAUGUCAUUGAUAAUUCAGAUCUGCAAUGUGUCAGUCUUCUUUUGGCAUGUCCAAUUGGAUCCCAAUGGGCAACAGAAAUGCUCAUGGUAAGAAGAAGAGAGACAUUCCAGUCGAUGAUCUACUUGAGGUUGUAAAAAGGUUUCGGAAUGAGGAGCUGUUGGUCAAUAAAGAGGGUGAUGAGGAGAAUUCCAACAUGUUACCUGUGGGGCGUCCCAAGGAAUACAAGGAACUGCCCUCGGGCCCCUUGUACCCCUGUGCCGCUGCCUCAUCUGAGCAGAACAAAACUAAGGACCGAUACAAAAAUGUUAUCCCUUAUGAUAACUGCCGUGUGAUUCUGCGCUCAAACCCCUCAGGGUCGGAUUAUAUCAAUGCCUCGUACAUAGAUGGAUACAAAGAGCCCAAAUUCUUCAUAGCUACCCAAGGUCCCCUCCCAGAGACGUUGGCAGAUUUCUGGCACAUGGUUUGGCAGGAGAAGAGCUCAGUCAUUGUGAUGCUGACGGCUUUAGAGGAGCAGAACAAGGUAAAAUGUGAGCGUUAUUGGCCAGAAGAGAUCCAGACAUAUGGAGACAUCAGAGUUUCAGUAGAAAGUACGAGCCAGACAGGAGCUUUCAUUAGCCGCAGCUUCACCCUACAGAAGGUGGGAGACUCAGCCCAAAGGACAGUAGAGCAUCUGCAUUACCUGCAAUGGCCGGACCAUGGAGUUCCCAGUAAGCCAUCUGGGCUUCUGCAGCUGAUGGACCAGAUGAAUAAGUGCAAGCUUCCCGGGUCAGGCCCAGUUAUAGUGCAUUGCAGUGCAGGGAUUGGUCGGACGGGGACGCUGCUGGCGCUGGACAUAUUGCUGAAGAGGGCACGGGCCGAGGGCAAGGUGAAUGUCUAUGACUGUGCCCUCCAGAUGCGCAGGAGACGACCCAAUAUGAUACAGAACCAGGGUCAGUACAUGUUCCUGUAUGACGUGUUGCUGGAGACACUUGUGUGCAGUUCCACCAGUCUGCCAGUAGAGGGAGUCCUGACUCACAUGCGCCACAUGCAGACCCUGGAUCCUGGAACCAACACAUCCGGCUUCACCAGGGAAUUCCAGGCUGUGGAGAAACUAACAGAACUGUAUAGAAUCUGCUCGUACAGAGAAGCCCAUGAGAAUCACUGCAAGAAUCUUCAUCCCGACAUCAUUCCAGGUGAUCACUGUCGUCCAAUCCUAAUGUCUGUGAUGGACCAACAUGGCGCCCCUGGUUACAUCAAUGCUGUGUUUAUAAAUUCCAACAGCCAAGAGGAUCAGUUCAUUGUCACUCAGCUCCCCAAAUUGGAGACACUGCCGGAUCUCUGGUCCCUGGUGUGGGAUUACAGAUGCACCUCCAUCAUUGUGAUGCACCCGGCGCAGGACAUACGGCGGCUUUGUCCGCACUUCUGGCCGGUGUCUGGGGAAUCAACUUACAGCAACUUCCAGGUCAAGAAGAUUUCCAGCCUAAGAGACAGCGGCUUCUCUGGGGCGACACUUCACUUGCAGCAUAAGAAAGAGCCCAUCCUUGAGGUGCAGCUGUGGCAUCUGGACUCUUGGCCUAAAGACAAACCUGUUCCACAGAACCCGGGGGCCAUCAUUAGCCUCAUUGGCAAAGUGGAGCGGCUGCAGCAGCAGGACAAAGAGAGUCAUGUACUUGUGAUCUGUAGUGAUGGGGCAACCCGGUCGGGCAUUUUCUGUGCUGGAAGUUUAAUAUGUGACCAGAUCCGCAGCGAUGGAUUCCUGGAUGUUUCCCAAUCAGUGAGAUCCCUCAAGAAACGGAGAAGACAACUUAUUCCUAAUGUAGAUCAGUACUCGUUCUGUUACUCACUGGCUAAGACUUAUUUGGACUCCUUUGAGACCUAUGGGAAUUUCCAGUAGAAUUCCGGAGCUGUUGGACAUGGGAGAGGACCAGGAACUGCCGGUCAGUCUGACCUGAGCCGCACUGCUGACAUUUAGUUCUGUAUAUCUAAAAUGUUCUAUAUAUUUCUAACCAAUAACAAAUAAUAUUGUAGAAAAUAAAGACAUUAAAUUAUAAUAAAGUUAUUUUAUGGAUUUAAUUAUAAGAUGUUGUUAAAGCCUUUAACUAAUCAGUGUAAUUGUCUCAUUAAUUCUGUUACAUGAACCUUUGAUUAAAU